AGCACUUUGGAUGGACUCCAAACAGCACUCCUGCAGCUUCCCAGUUCACUGAUCAUGAAGAUUCAAAAGGUCCCGAGACACAUACCAUUCACAAGACAGAUUCGUCCAUUACACGUUUGACUUCAGUCAGAAUGUAUGCAUUCCUCAUCAUUCGCGGCAAAUGGGCCCCCUGUACUUUCAGACACUUCGAAAAGUCCAUAUAUUUGGUGUCCGCUUCGAUGGAGAACCAAAACAACUGAACUUUCUUAUAAAUGAAAAUGAAACUAUCGGACCAGAUGGAACCAAAGUGCAUGGACCAGACUCUGUGAUUUCUAUGUUGGGCUGGGCCUUACAAAACCACAAUUCGGACGAAACAUCAUGCACAAUACACGCUGAUAACUGCUGUGGCCAGAAUAAGAACCAGUAUGUCAUUAGAUAUUUCAUGUGGCGAGAAAUGACAAAGCAACACAACAGAAUAUAAUUCAAGAUGCAGAUCCCCGGACACGCACGGUGCCUCAUCGAUGGAGGAUUUGCUCUUCUCAAGAAGUUGUAUAGGCGGUGUGAUUGUGAUAGCAUUGGCCAACUUGAAGAUGUUGUUAACAGAUCAUCUACUACUAACACUGCUGUGCGAUAUCCAGCGUGGCAAUGGAGAUCCUGGAAAGAGUAUCUAGGGCAGUUUUUCAAACCAGUGAAGGGUAUCCGCCAGUACCAACACUUUUCGUUCGAUUCUAACGAGCCAGGCAUUGUAACAGCGAAGAAGACUUGUGACGGAACCGAGGAGAAGAUUGAGAUUUCGAAAGAUCAGGGAUAUCAGUUCAGGGAAAUAAGAAGACCGGGUGUACUUCCCGCUGGUGGACUGUCUGAAUCUAGGGUGCGUUAUCUCUACUCGCAUGUGAGACCAUUUGUGAGACCUGCUUUCCAGGAGGAGACGUGCCCCUCUCCAGUCCAGUAGUAAACUUACUGAACUGAAAAUUUACUUUGACACAUUUUGAUGUAAGCAUUUUUUUCAGGAGAUG